CCAAGAUUUAAACUACUAUGACUGCGUGAGGGAACGUAGCCAGCGAAGUUGAUGUGCCACAGAGGGAGGGAGACAAAGCGCACAGAAGGAAAUCUAGUUUCCAUGUGAGCGUUUGCUGGGGGUGUCAGGUUACGGUCCAGCGGACGUAAGAGGAUCUUUUCUGGUCACUCGCUGUAUUAAAGGCAGAAGCAUUUAAGGACAACUCUCCCGGUGAUACUUCUUCGACAUCUUUUGGGUUCUUCAGACUUCUGCCUCAAAGUUCAGUAUCUCGAGGAAAAGGAAUGGCAGAGGAGGAGGAAAACUGCAGUGUAUACCCAGUCGCACUGCCCAGCAGCAGUGAGAUUCGGGCUCGGGUGCAGCAGUUUGUGGAGGAGCAGAUGCAGACUACCAUGCUGACGGGCGUGCUGAUUGGAGCAGCAGUGGCUGUGUCUUUCAUUGGAAUCAUCGUGCUCUUCCUAUACAGGAGAUACAAGCUGGCCAAGGAGCAGCAGGCUGGUACUCCACGCUAUCGCUUCAGGAAAAGAGACAAAGUAAUGUUCUACGGCAGGAAGAUCAUGAGAAAGGUGCAAACCUUGUCCUCCAUCCCUACCUCUAACUCAGUGUCCAGACAGCGUACGCGUAAAAGGCCCAAAGUCCUGUCUAUAGCCCGCAGGAUAUUGCGCAUUCGGAGGGAACCCCCCACCCUGCAGCCCAAAGAGCCCCCGCCUUCAUUGCUGGAGGCUGACCUGACGGAGUUUGACGUGCAGAACUCCCACCUCCCCUCCGAGGUGCUCUACAUGCUGAAGAAUGUCAGGGUGCUGGGUCACUUUGAGAAGCCGCUGUUCCUGGAACUGUGCCGUCACAUGGUGUUCGUGGAGCUGCAGGAGGGGGAGGCCCUCUUCCGCCGCGGCGACAUAGACGACAGCAUCUACGUGGUCCAGGCCGGGCGAUUGGAGCUGUGCAUUCACGAGAGCGAUGGGACAGACGCAGUGGUGAAGGACGUCUUACCGGGCGACAGUGUCCACAGUCUGCUGAGUAUCCUGGACGUCAUCACUGCUUACCCUGCUCCCUACAAGACCGUGUCGGCCCGGGCAGCCUCUCCAUCCACCAUACUGCGCCUGCCUGCCACCGCGUUCUGUUCCGUCUUUGAGAAGUACCCAGAGACACUAGUCCGAGUCAUCCAGAUUAUCAUGGUGCGCCUUCAAAGAGUGACUUUCCUGGCCUUACAUAAUUACUUGGGCCUGACGACUGAGCUCUUUAACCCUGAGCUUCAGGCAGUGCCCCUAGUGUCUGUCACCAGUGUGCUCGGAGAGGGGACUGCGGGGAAGGGACUACACCGGCACUCUCAGUCCUGCAUUGCAGAUGAAGCCUCCGUCCAGGAUCGAGGGCCCCAGGGUUCUGCUGACCAUCCUGGAGAUGCAGAUGGCAGGAAGGCCGCAGCCACGGAGAGUCCCUCUGUCUCCUUCAGGAGGUCCCGCUCCAUGUCCACACCCACGGAGACCACUGGACUGCCUGGGACUGACCUUAACAUGGCGUACGAGCGAGCCAGGGUCACCCUCGACAAUCCCCCCACCAGUCCUGCUGCUCACAAGUCCAUCCGGAAGAAGAGUGUGACCAUGCAUCAGACCCCCUCUGCUGUGUUCCAUUACUCAGAGAGUGGGGACCAGUGGGGGCAUGCCCCUCAUAGCAAGAUCAAUGCUAUCUUCCAGGCUGCCAAGAAAGACCUGCUCGCACUCAUGCAGCUGCAGGAUGCCUCUCUGCUGGAGGGCAGGGUGACUCUGCACCAGGUGAAGCCGGGCUCUGAGGUGGCACGGCAGGGGGAUCAGGAUGUGAGUGUGCAGUUUGUGAUCUCAGGACUGCUGCAUGUAUACCAGCGUAUGAUUGACCGUGAAGAGGACACCCUCCUCUUCCUCACCCACCCGGGGGAGAUGGUGGGGCAGCUGGCCGUGCUGACCGGGGAACCCCUCAUCUUCAGCGUGCGCGCCCUGAGAGAGUGCAGCUUCCUCUCCAUCUCCAAGACACACUUCUAUGAGAUCAUGCGUGCAGAGCCCAGCGUGGUGCUGAACGUGGCUCACACAGUGGUCCGCAGGGUGUCCUCCUUCGUCAGGCAGAUCGACUUCGCCCUGGACUGGAUGGCGGUGGAGGCAGGCCGCGCCGUGUACAGACAGGGAGAGAAGUCGGACUGCACUUUCAUUGUCCUGAGCGGUCGGUUACGCUCCGUCAUCCUGAAGGACGAUGGGAAAAAGGAGUUGAUCGGGGAGUAUGGCCGCGGUGACCUCAUUGGAGUGGUGGAGGCCCUGACGCAUCAGAACAGAGCCACCACCGUGCACGCUGUCCGGGACUCGGAGUUAGCGAAGCUGCCGGAGGGGGCGCUCCGGUCCAUAAAGAGGAAGUACCCGCAGGUGGUGACAAGGUUGAUUCACCUUCUUGGUCAGAAGAUCCUUGGAAACCUUCAACAAGUGAAUGGACCCCUAUCAGCUCGUGGACUGGCCCUGCACACCCCCAGCAGUAAGUGGGACUCGGGGAAUCCGGCCUCUAACCUGUCCACCGUGGCCAUCCUGCCCGUGUCGGAGGAAGUGCCUCUGACCGCCUUCACCCUGGAGCUGCAGCACGCCCUCAUCGCUAUCGGCCCCACCCUCCUCCUCACUAGUGACAUCAUCAGACAGCGCCUGGGUGCUGCAGCGCUAGACAGUGUUCACGAGUACCGGCUGUCCAGCUGGUUGGGGCAACAGGAGGACAUCCACCGCAUCGUGCUCUACCAGUCAGACGACUCGCUCACGCCCUGGACCCAGCGCUGCAUCCGCCAGGCCGACUGCAUCAUCAUCGUGGGACUGGGGGAGCAGGAGCCCACCGUGGGGGAGCUGGAGCGCAUGCUGGAGGGCAGCGCGGUGCGGGCCCAGAAACAGCUGAUCCUGCUGCACCGUGAGGACGGGCCACCGCCCAGCGGCACGGUGGAGUGGCUCAACAUGCGGAGCUGGAUCUCCAGGCACGUUCACCUGUCCUGCCCCCGACGGGUCUUCAGCAAGAGGAGCCUGCCCAAACUGAGAGAAAUGUACGAGCGGGUCUUCCAGAAGCCACCGGACCGCCACUCGGACUUCUCCCGCCUGGCCCGGGUCCUGACCGGCAACGCCAUUGCCCUGGUGCUGGGGGGAGGGGGAGCCAGGGGGUGUUCCCAGGUCGGUGUGAUCAAGGCCCUGAGCGAAUCCGGGAUCCCCGUGGACCUGAUUGGCGGCACUUCCAUCGGCUCGCUGAUGGGGGCGCUGUAUGCGGAGGACAGGAGCUGCAGUCGCAUGAGGGUCCGGGCAAGAGAGUGGUCGAUGGAAAUGACAUCAGUAUUCAAGAAGGUCGUAGACCUGACCUACCCCAUCACCUCCAUGUUCUCCGGGGCCUCCUUCAACUCCGGCAUCAGCGCUGUGUUUAAGGGCAAGCAGAUAGAGGACCUGUGGAUCCCUUAUUUCAACAUCACCACUGACAUCACUGCCUCCACCAUGAGAGUGCACACUGACGGCUCUCUGUGGAGGUAUGUCCGUGCCAGCAUGUCCCUGUCAGGGUACCUGCCUCCUCUCUGUGACCCUAAAGAUGGACACCUGCUCAUGGAUGGAGGUUAUAUCAACAACUUACCAGCGGACGUGGCACGGUCCUUGGGUGCCAAGGUGGUGAUCGCCAUCGACGUGGGCAGCCAAGACGAGACGAACCUCACCAACUACGGCGACUCGCUGUCAGGCUGGUGGCUGCUAUGGAAACGCUUUAACCCCCUGGCAGAGAGGGUCAAAGUGCUGAACAUGGCGGAGAUCCAGACCAGGCUGGCCUACGUGUGCUGCGUGCGGCAGAUGGAGUCGGUGAAGAGCUGCGAGUACUGCGAAUACAUCCGGCCUCCCAUCGACCGCUACGGCACGCUGGAUUUCGCCAAGUUCGACGAGAUCGCCGAGGUGGGCUACCAGCACGGGAAGACGCUGUUUGACGUGUGGAAGCGCAGCGGGGUGGUGGACAAGAUGCUGAAGGACAGGCAUCAAGAGGAGUUCCACAACACCAAGAGCAACAACGUGGUGACGUGCCCCAACGCCUCCUUCACAGACCUGGCGGAGAUCGUGUCCCGGAUAGAGCCCGUGAACCAGGCGGUGUAUGUGACGGAGGAGUCUGACUACCAGACGGACUAUGACGAGGAGGCAGUGGAGAGUGCCCUCUCAGAUUUUGAGCUGUCCCAUCAUAACAGUGAACACACUGAGGAGGAGGAGACCGCUGACACAGAUGAAGAAAUGGAGAUGCGGCAUAGACGUCCAGUGUUUGGAGCCACGGACCGAGCCGCUCUCUGACCCCUGGGGGUGAGUGCGGUGGUGGGCCGGUCAUUGUGACAUACCUCAGAUCAGUUUCACAUAUCCUGGAGCUGUGUGUGAGAGAGGGGAAUGCAGUGCUCCUGGCACCCCUUUCUGGGCACGCACAGCUGCACGCGAGGCCUCUCCCUCCGGCCCCGGAGUCUGCAGGCUCAGCCGGGGGUCCGCGGAGUGGAAGGAAGCAGGGGUCUACAUCGCACCUGUCAGAGGAGUGCGCUUGCUUGCCUGAGGUCAUGAAUGGGCAGCGGGGAUAGCAAUUGUAAUCGCAAACACGCAAACGCAAAUGGGGCUUUCCCAAAAAGGAAUGUUUUAGUCGAACAACAAUGGUUUAUGUUUUGAGAUUUCUACAAUACUACUGAAGGCAUUGAAUACUGUAUAUUUUCAUAAACUUUGGAAUAUGUUUGAUCCAUGGGAUCAGGUAAAAAAAAAAAAGUGAAAAGAAGUUCAAUCAAUAACUACAUGUUUUUGUUAUACUAUUCUAACUGGUGUAUGCCUUAAUUAACUUCCAUAUAAAAUUAUGAAACAUAACUUUUUGAAAUGGUCAAAUUUGGAAAUAUAAUUCAAUACAAUUUGCAAUAAGAAUUUUACCAACAUCAUGACAUCAUAAAGUCCGUGGGAGCUUUAUGGAAAUUACUAUGUUCACCGUUAUUCAAGAUGAAGUUCGAAAGAUGAAUGCAGAUGCACUUGCAGAUGCGAUUAGUCAGGAGCGAAGGUGUUAUCAGGUGUAUUCUCUCUUUUGGGUUCCAUUUUAUAAAAGCAGGACAUUGCACUCAUUGUGUUCUGAGUAAUUUUCUCUGUAGAGAAAUAUAUUUUUAAUUGGGAUGAACUCUUGUCAAUAACAGAAAGAGACAAACGAGACCGAACUCUGAACAGUUACCUGAGCCAAAAUUCACACCAGAAAUCUGGUUGAUGCACACAAAAGCACACAAGCUCAUCCAUACACGCACACUCAUGUGUGUGUACAUUUCGUCAUAGAAAUCUAUGAACAUGUGUACAAAUGCACACCACUCCAAGGCAUGUACACACACAUGCGCACACAGAAAUCCUUCAUAAAUUCUCCAAUAAGCCUAUCAAUGCAAAUCUUUUUUAUACCUGUUUUUAGGUGCCAUUUUGUGCCUACAUUAACUUUAACUGAUCGAUACUAACUGCUCGUAUUAUUACUAACCAUAGCGAUACCGUAUUUUAUUUGAAGAGAACUAAAACCUCAGUAUUGACUGCAAAUAGGCUAGUUAUGAAAUUAUAAUGUCAAAGUAAUUUCAUGAUGUUUAGACUGUUCUUAAUGUGAAGAAUGUAGAGUAUUAUUAUGUUUGGUAUCCAUAUGCUAUGGAUUGUAAAAUAUUAAGUAUCAAACCGGUGGAGACGAAGUGCCAAUGAGUGAUUUUACUUGAAACUAAGACUGACACUAAGCUGGUAAUGGUUAUUUCUUUAUACUUUUGUCUUGUGCUGAUGUCCGAUGCCAUGUCAAAUUUACAUGACUGACCAUUAAUACAAUAUGUCCUACAUGCCCAGAAUAAUUUGAAAAGGUAACACAGUGUGUCAUCAGUCUUGUGUUAUCCUGCCUGUUGUUCUGUGUUAUAGUGUCUGUGAAAAUAUCCCUCUGUUCAGUAGGGUUGCUCUGAAACUGAGCUUCUGCAGGUACUGCACGUUUUCAUUCACCGAAUUUUAGGUGACUACUGAAACAAUUAUUUUGGUUAGUGUAAGUGAUUACUAGUAAUAAUUUAAUGAAAGUAUACUGUAACUACCUUCAGGAGGAUAAGCUAAUAGUGGUGGUGUAGCUGGUGUCUGAUUUAAGGCCCAUCCACACCAAGAGCUACAACUACAGUAUAAUCAUAACCAUGGUGACGUUCGUUACUGUCGUUCUCCUUAUAGUUGUGGUAUGGACGCAUUAAUAGUUAUCGUUAUAGUUAUCAUUGUUGGUGUAGAUUACCCACAAGCAUCCUCCCACUUUGUUAUACCUGCACACCUGGCUACAGAGACCGUUUGGUGUAAAUGUGCUCACUCUCAUUCUGGGCCAGGUCUGCUAAAUCCAAUGCUUGCCAGCAGUGUAAAAAUGUGUUACUGGUUUUCCUUUCCACUGACCUCUCAAUUAAUUAAGUUUCAUUGACCUCUUGACUGAAUAUCGAUCAGAAUUUGACACUGCGUAGCAGGUAUUGGCUGUCUGUCCUUUGUUAUAGAUGCGGCUUCUUGGAAAUGUGUUCCUGCAAUUAAAAAAAAAAAAAAAAGAAAAAAAGAAAUGUUUUAACCCGUUCUACGAUGCUAAGCUAAAAAGUGUUAUCAAGCUGGCUGUUUUUUUUCUAGUGGAACUCAGGCAUAUUUAAUGUAAAGUUCAUGAAAUGUAUUUAUAUUAAUUGAAAUUCCUUAAAAAUAAUAAUGCAGUGCAGAUAUAUUCAUUUUUAAUAUCGAAUAAUUACUCAGUGGAGCCUAGAACAGUUGAAUGCCUUAUUAAGUUUAAUUGUGACCGCUACUCCCUGAGAUUAAUUGAAGGGACAGAUACUUAAAACAAAUUUAUUUAACAAUAUAAAUGAAUAUUAGCAUGUCCUUCUAUUAGCAUGAAUGCACAUAUAAAAGCACAUUUUAUUCACAAAGUAUAUCAUGGUUCAAAUGCAUUUAUUUCAAACAGACAUUAGUAUUCUACUGACAGCCCAAUCAAGCCUAAUUAAUUGAGUGCUCAGUUUGAAUGAAAGCCAACAGCAGAUAAGGUGUGUUUGCUGGACCAGUGGUGGGGGAUAAUCCAUCACAAAUAUUAUUCAGCUUUCGCACAGCCAUUUUGAAUGUAAUGCAGUGCUUUUAGACUGAAAUGCCAAGGUCGUUUAGUUAAUGUCGGGUGAAAAUGAAUGACUGAAUAUAUAUUUAUUACCGAUUCCUGAGUUUGUAAUAAAGUGAAGAACCUGAAUGCCUGUAACUUUUCGUAAGGGUUAUAUGAAAGACUGUAGGAUGAGCACAUGAUGAAUUUUGAGAUCUUGUUUUUUGAAUUAAUGACUGUACUAAUAAAUUGCUCCCUUGUAA